UUCAGUUUAAAAGUCGGAGCGAGGCCCCAAAGCACCACUCCAAUUUCUGAAGCGUCUUCUCUCCUCCUCCCGUCGCUAUUACGGUUUCUUCGAGGAUUUCCGUCACAAUGCAGAGCCUCGGUCUUUCUCACUGCUUGCUUCCGUCCAGCCGCGGGCGCUCUCUGGCCCCACUACCCGUCCCCGCCAUUGUCAGUAGAAGAAGCUCAAGCUCAGUUGCAUUUAUCCCUACACUGAAAUGCUGCUCUCUAACAAGCUCGUCCUCGUCUUUAGUUGACAAUGAGACAAAAUUCGUGGAAGUGGCUAAACAUGCAAAUCUAAUUCCACUUCACCGAACCAUAUUCUCGGAUCAGCUUACUCCAGUUAUAGCUUAUCGGUGCUUGGUUAAAGAAGAUGAUCGGGAGGCUCCAAGCUUUCUUUUUGAGUCGGUGGAGCCCCAUCCUAUUGCUUCAAUUGUUGGUCGUUAUAGUGUAAUUGGAGCUCAGCCAACAAUGGAAAUAGUGGCAAAAGAAAAUAACGUUACCAUAAUGGACCAUGAGGAAGGGCGAUUGACUGAGGAGGUUGUUGAAGAUCCAAUGAUGAUCCCAAAAAGAAUCUCAGAGGACUGGAAACCUCAACUUGUUGAUGAACUUCCAAAUACAUUUUGUGGUGGCUGGGUAGGUUACUUCUCAUAUGACACAGUUCGUUACAUGGAGAAAAAAAAGCUGCCUUUCUCAAAGGCUCCAAAGGAUGAUAGAAACCUUGCUGACAUACAUCUUGGUCUGUAUGAUGAUGUGAUUGUUUUUGAUCACAUUGAAAAGAAAGCAUAUGUUAUUCACUGGGUAAGAUUGGAUCAAUACACCUCUGUUGAGAAGGCUUAUAAAGAUGGAGUCAAACGCUUGGAAGUAUUGGUGUCCAGAGUACAAAAUACUGAAUCCCCAAGGCUUGCUUCAGGUUUUGUGGAAUUAGAAACUCACCAUUUUGGUCCUUCUUUAAAUAAGUCAACCAUGACAAGCGAAGAAUUUAAGAAGGCUGUACUACAGGCCAAAGAACAUAUUCUGGCAGGGGAUAUCUUCCAGGUCGUAUUAAGUCAACGUUUUGAGCGCCGAACAUUUGCAGACCCAUUUGAAGUAUAUAGAGCAUUGAGAGUUGUGAAUCCAAGUCCAUAUAUGACUUACUUACAAGCUAGAGGAUGCAUUCUUGUUGCUUCAAGUCCAGAAAUUCUUACACGUGCAAGGAAGAAUAAGAUUGUCAACCGACCGUUGGCUGGAACUGUAAGAAGGGGGAAGACAAAGAAUGAAGAUCAGAUGUUAGAAGUUCAGCUGCUUAAUGAUGAAAAGCAAUGUGCAGAACACAUCAUGCUAGUUGAUUUGGGUCGAAAUGAUGUUGGAAAGGUCUCCAAAUAUGGUUCCGUGAAGGUGGAAAAGCUUAUGAAUGUUGAACGGUAUUCCCAUGUGAUGCACAUAAGCUCCACAGUUACGGGAGAGUUGCAAGAUCAUCUCACUUGCUGGGAUGCCCUGCGUGCCGCACUGCCUGUUGGAACUGUUAGUGGAGCUCCAAAGGUCCGGGCCAUGGAAAUAAUUGAUGAAUUGGAAGUAGCAAGGCGUGGCCCAUACAGUGGCGGAUUCGGAAGUGUCUCUUUUUCUGGGGACAUGGACAUUGCGCUAGCCCUCAGGACCAUUGUAUUUCCCACAGGAAACCGAUAUGACACUAUGUACUUCUACAAGGAUGCAACCAGGCGCCAGGAAUGGGUUGCUAACCUUCAAGCCGGUGCCGGAAUAGUGGCUGACAGUAUUCCCGAGGACGAACAACAGGAAUGUCAGAACAAGGCAGCUGGUCUCGCCCGUGCCAUUGACUUGGCCGAAUCCACUUUUGUUCAUAAAUUAUGUGGAUGAAGAAGAUGUUGGAUACCCACCUAAAUAAUUUUUGCUUUCUCAAUAAAAUCUAGUAAAGGUAAAGCUUCUCAACAGAACUCAAGUUACUUUCUCAUUUUGUCCCUGAAA